AUGAGAACCCCUGGCAGCAUCCUCGUCAUCGGAGCUGGCGAGCUGGGCACGUUUAUUCUGCAAGCCCUCGCCCACCACCCUCGCAGACAACCCGAUACAACCAUCUCAGUCCUACUUCGGGAGAGCUCCAUCAACUCUCAAGAGGCGAGCAAAGCGGAACGCAUUGAGGGCUUCCGCAAACUGGGAAUCACGUUUACCCCUAGCGACCUUGCUGUUGACUCUGAGGAGAAACUCGCCUCGAUCUUCAAGGGAUUCGAAGUCGUCAUCUGUUGCACCGGAUACAUGGCACAAAGCGGCCUUCAAAUCAAGAUCUCCAAGGCCAUUAUUGCUGCGCAAGUGCCGUACUACAUUCCAUGGCAGUUCGGCAUGGACUACGAGGCUAUCGGACGGGAGUCGGGUAUGUUCGACGAGCAGUUGGAUGGGAAAGAAUUGCUUCGGUCCCAGAGCACCACCCGGUGGCUGACACUUGCGACGGGAUUCUUCACCAGCGUCAUCUUUCCUCCGGUUUCAGGUUUGGUAGAUGUGGAAAACAAGGUUGUCUAUGGCAGUGGAAACUGGGAUAAUCAAUUUGUUGUAACCAUAACAAAGGAUAUUGGGAAGUUCACGGCGGAGAUUGUCCUCGGUCCAGAGCGAGAUGCUGUCUUUGUGAAUGGGGCAGUCUAUGUUGCUGGAGACAUCGUUUCCUAUCGCGAUGUGGCGAACGCGAUGGAGGAGGUUACUGGACAGAAGUUCACGCGAAAGCUCUUCACUCAAAAGGAAGCUCAGGAUGAUUUGCAGGCGGAGCUAUCUGUGGGGACCAUCUGUCGUAGUGUUUUUGCUGGGGGUAAGGGUUUCCUUUUUGACCCGGCGGGUCUUUGGGUGCCUCAAGCUCACUUGAAGACAGCUUCUCUCAGAGAUUUUGCUCAAGAGCAUUUCGGUCAGGCGGUCUGA